AUGACUUCUAUUAUUCGACCACGUCUAUUUAUAACUUUUCAAAUGUCUUCACAGUUUAUUCGUUCACUUAAACGUGUAUUUGAUCUGGAUUAUCAAGAUAUACCGGCAUGUUUAUCUCAUGAACAAAUUUUAUCUCGUAUUCGUGCUAAUCCACCUAAUGCCAUACUUUUUCCAGCAACAGCAAAAAUUGAUAAAGAAGUAAUAUCAGCAGCAGGUGAUAAACUUAAAAUGUUAGCCGCUUUUUCAGUUGGAUAUAAUCAUAUUGAUUUAAAAGAAUGUAAAAAAAGAGGUAUACCUAUUGGAUAUACACCAGGUGUAUUAACAGAUACAACAGCUGAUUCAGCUAUUACAUUAUUAUUAGCAACAUCAAGAAGAAUUGCUGAAGCGAUGCGAACAGUUCGUAAUGGUGAAUGGGGUACAUCAUCAGAUAUGAUGUGGAUGUGUGGUAAACCUUUAAUUAAUUCAACAAUUGGUAUUGUUGGUUUAGGUCGUAUUGGUUUAGCAAUUGCACGUCGUUUACAACCAUUUUCUAUUCAACGUAUACUUUAUAGUGGUACACGUGAAAAAUAUUUUGAUUCUGAUAAGGAUAAAAAAUUAUUUAAAUUUGUUCAGUUUGAAGAAUUAUUACAUGAAUCUGAUUUUGUUAUUAUUGCAUGUGCAUUAAAUGAAAAAACAGCAAAUAUGUUUAAUAAAAAAGCAUUUGAACAAAUGAAAAAUGAUGCAAUUUUAAUUAAUAUUGCACGAGGAGGUAUUGUUGAUCAAGAUGCACUUUAUGAUGCAUUAAAAAAUGGUCAAAUUCGAGCAGCAGGUUUGGAUGUUACUGUACCUGAACCAUUGCCUACAGAUCAUCCUCUUUUAACACUUGAGAACUGUACGAUAUUUCCACAUAUUGGUAGUGCUGAUGAAUAUGCACGUCAUCAAAUGGCACAAAUAUGUGUGGAUAAUUUACUCAAUUUUUUUAGUGGAAAACCAAUGGUACAUCAACUUCAAAUAGACAAACUUUAA